AUGAGUGAAAACGCACAAAAGGCAACAGAAUUUAAAAAUCAAGGUAAUGCUGCAUUUUCAAGUAAAGAUUAUAAUUCAGCAGUGAAAUGUUUUGAUCAAGCAAUUGAAUUAGAUCCAAGUAAUCAUAUUUUAUAUAGUAAUAGAUCAGCAUCAUUACUUGCAUUAGAUAAGAAUGAAGAUGCAUUAACAGAUGCAAAGAAAGCAAUUGAAUUGAAACCAGAUUGGUCAAAAGGUUAUUUAAGAGAAACCAAUGCACUCUAUAAAUUGGGUCGUUUCGAAGAAGCAGAGAAAUCAGCAGAGGCUGGUUUAAAGAUUGAUCCAACCAAUCAACAAUUAGAAGAUGCAUUAGAGGAUGCACAAUACGCCACAACUGGUGCAAAAGACCCAGCUUCAGCAAUGGCAAACCUUUUCUCUGCACAAAAUUUAACAAAACUUCGUUUCAAUCCAAAGACAGCACCAUUCUUCCAACAACCAGAUUUCGUUGCAAUCAUGGAUCAAAUUUCAAAGAAUCCAUCACUUUUCUCACAGUAUAUUGCCGAUCAACGUUUUAGUACUUGUCUUGGUGUUUUAUUAGGUGUUGAUAUUAAUCAAGGACCAGGAGCACCACCACAAUCACAACAACCAACACCACAACAACCAACACCAACACCACAACAACCAACACCAACACCACAACAACCAAAACCAACAGAAGCACCAAAGAAACCAGAAGCACCACCAAUGACAGAAUCACAAAAAGAAAGAGAUUUAGGUAAUAAAGCAUAUGCAAAGAAAGAAUUUGAACAAGCAAUUGUACAUUAUGAUAAAGCAGUUGAAUUGGAUUCAAGUGAUAUUUUAGCAAUGAAUAAUAAGGCAGCAGUUUUAAUUGAACAACAAAAACUUGAUGAAGCCAUUGAAACCUGUAAGAAGGCAUUGGAGAAGGCACAAGAGAUUCGUGCAGACUAUAGAGUUAAAUCAAAGGUUUACACUCGUUUGGGUAAUAUUUACUUAAAGAAGAAUCAACUCGACGAUGCAUACAAAGCCUACAGCAGUGCAGUACUUGAGGAUAAGAAUGCAGACACCACUGCAAACAUGAAAAAGAUUGAAAAGUUAAAGAAACAACGUGACGAUGAGGCUUAUCUCUCUGUGGAUCAAUCAAUCAUUGAAAAGAAUAAAGGUGUUGAACACUUUAAAAAAGGUGAAUUCCCAGAGGCAAUCAAAUGUUUCGAGGAGGCAAUUCGUCGUAAUCCAAAGGACCACACAAUCUAUAGCAAUCGUUCCGCAGCCUAUAGCAAAUUGUUAGAAUAUAAAUUGGCAAUCAAGGAUGCCGAUAAAUGUAUCGAAUUGGAGCCAACAUUCAUCAAAGGUUACAUUAGAAAAGGUACUGCCUUAUUCGCAAUGAGAGAGUAUCAACAAGCUUUGGAGGUCUAUGAUCAAGGUUUAAGAAUUGAAGCCAACAAUCCUGAACUCUUGGAUCUCUCAAGAAAGACUGUCGCCGCUCUCACUAAAUUACAAAGUACUCUCACCGAUGAAGAACGUCUUCAACAAGCUGCCAAAGAUCCAGAAAUUCAAAAGAUUCUCUCUGAUCCAAUCAUGAAUCAAAUCUUAAAAGAUAUGUCUGAAAAUCCUGCUGCUGCUCAAGAUCAUCUUAAAAAUCCAUUAAUUAUGGCUAAAUUCCAAAAAUUAGUUAAUGCUGGUAUAGUUAAAUUAGGUUAA